AGAAUGAUUCCUCGCUCAGUUUAGAUGAUGGUCGCCUUUGUGUACAGCACGAUGAACCCAAGCUCAAGAUAUCUUGGUGUUAAUGCAGCAGACAUCACUGACGAGAGCGAUGGGAUCAAGAUAAUCAGCAAAAAGUUGCAGAACAGGAAAGUACUAGUUGUUCUCGAUGAUGUAUACGACCCCGAGCAAAUCGGGAAAUUAGCAGGAGAGGCUGGUUGGUUUAGAGAGGGAAGCAGGAUAAUCAUCACCUCCCGGAAUAAAAAUGCUCCUGUGUUUGAAGGAGGAAGAGUUGAGAUAUUCGAAGCAGAGCCGAUGAAAUUUGAAGAAUCUCUCCUCCUUUUCAGCAGGCAUGCCUUUGGGAAGGAGAAUCCAGCUGAAGACUUCCACGGCCUUUCAGAGAAAGCCGUCAGAAUUACAGGAGGGCUUCCCUUGGCUCUUGAAGUAGUAGGUUCAAAACUUCGAACAAGUGAUCGUGGCCAUUGGAAUCAUAUAAUAGGUACCUUACAGAAAAUACCGGAAAAGAAGGUCGAAGACAGGCUUAAGAUAGGUUAUGAUGCUUUACGCUUGGAAGUGAAGGAGAUAUUCCUUGAUAUCGCAUGUUUUUUCAUUAAUGAGAAGAAAACAAAAGCGAUGUACAUGUGGCAAGCCUGUGACUUUGAACCAGAGUUGGCAGUGCAAGAGCUUGUCAAUGCGUGCCUAGUAAAGCUCACAAAUGAGAACAGGUUCUGGAUGCAUGAUCAGCUGCGGGACCUUGGAAGAAAACUCAUUCGUGAUGAGAGGUUAAAGCACCACGGAAAGCCUUGCAGUAGAAUAUGGAUGCAUGAGGAUGCUCUGAAAGUGCUGCAGGAUGAAGAGGGCAGAGAAAAUGUUGAGAUGCUUAGUCUUUUGUCUUGGACCUCGGAAGAUUGCGUCCUUACAAAGCAUGAAUUGAAGAAUUUCAAUAAUCUGAGAUUUCUCAGUCUCAUAAGAUCGAAAUUUUCAGGAGAUCUAGAGCAUGUCCUCCCCAAGUUGAUAUGGCUUUCUUGGCAUUUUUGUCCUGGUGUAUUUCAGGGAACUAAUCUGCAUUUGAAGAAUCUAGUCGUGCUUGACCUCUCGGAAAGUUCCGUAAGCGAAACUUGGGCUGGAUGGCGCCAUAUCGGGAUGUGCAAGGAGUUGAAAGUUCUAGACCUCAGGAGGUGCGAUCACUUGACCGAAACGCCCGACCUAUCGAUGUGCACAAAGUUGGAGAGACUAAUACUCAAAGGUUGCAUUAACCUAGCCCAAAUAGACCAUUCCGUAGGAAAGUUGAAAUGCCUAAAGUAUCUGAACGCCAGUGGCUGUAUUCAUAUCAGAGAAAUUCCGAGAGAAGUCUGCUGUUUGGAUGGCCUCGUCGAUAUUGUCAUGAUAAUGGAACAGAGCUUCAACUGCAGUUACAAGCUUCCGGACUCCAUCGAGAGACUCGAGAGACUUCAGCGCCUGUGUGUGAGUUUGGGAAGGAGUAGACCUCCAAGCUCACUUGGAGAUCUAAAAUCAUUGACUAUGCUGGUCCUGUCACGGUCAGAGAUUGCUGAACUACCUGAGUCCAUUGGAGGACUUGUGAAACUUGAAUUUCUGUCCUUAUUCUACUGCAAAGAUCUAAAGAAACUCCCAAAUUCGAUUGGCAGUCUGAAAUCGCUGGUUGAGUUGAAUAUUUCAAUGUCAGGAAUCGUGGAACUGCCUGAUGAGGUUGUGAAUUUGCAGAAACUGAAAGUGAUUGAUAUGAGAGGUUGUGAUAUUAGGAGGUUGCCAGAUUUCCUCGGGAAUUUGGAGAAGCUGGAAAGGUUGGAUGUCUUCAGUUGCAAUUUUUCGGAAGCUGUCCCAUCAGCAAUUAAGGGGAUCACUUCCUCGCUAAAAGUCUCAUCCUCAGCCUGGGACAAGAGUUGCUACAGAUAUUGGAAGCGCGAGUGGUUGGUGCAAUCCAUGGUAAGUUUCUCAUCUCUUCUAUCUCCCUCCUCAGGUUCCUUUUUCAAAGGAUGAG